CCUACUACUCUGAAUAAUAUAAAUAAGGAUGCGACAGUAAUAUUACGUUGAUUUUUAUCGUUUCUACACAUUUAGCAUUCAACAUGUACAAAGUUGUGGCUUUGGUUCUUUCCGUGAUGCUGCUUGCUGGCAACAGCAUGCAACAAUCGUCCGGCACAGAUGGACAAGCGGGUGGUCAAGCGGGAGCUGGCUUUGGCUUCGGAGCGGGCGUCGGCGGCGGAGCUGGAGGAGGUGGUGGACAAGGGGGCGCAGACGGUGCACAAGGUGGAUUUUCUAUGGGCGCCAACGUCGGUGCUGGCGCAGGGGGCAGCGCGGGUCUAGGAUAGAUAUUUUGGAAGAUAUCAUUUCAUCACCAUGUAUGUACAGCGCACAAAUAAAUUUUCAA